CGUGGGCCGAGACCUUGACAGCAAAGACAAAGAAGAAGAGCACAGCGGCAUCAAAGUUCGCAGCCUCGCAUUCUCCACAAUGGGAAAUUUGUUUUCGCGGUGCUUGCCCAGGGGCGAGCCUGCGGAUACGACAGGGUUGACGCCGUGGCAGAAGAACGCCGUACGCGAAGUCUGGCGCGCCUUCUGCAAAGAGCACCCGGAGUACGGCGUCCUGCUCUUCCAGGCGUACUUUCACAAGUACCCAGAUCACAUCGAGCUCUUCAUGCACUUCAAGGGGAAGAACAUCAGGACGCUCGCAAUGGACCCCGAAUUCAGCGCGCACUGCAGCCGCGUGGGCGAGGAGAUCACGAGCAUCAUCGAGGCCCUCGAAAACGUACCCGUGUUGCUGGAGCUGCUCGAGAAGAACGCCCUCCUGCACCACCACACGCGCGGAGUGACACCUGCGCAUUUCGCCAGCUUCGGUCAAGUGCUCGUGGACGUUCUGCAUGCUAACCACGAGGACCUCAUGACGCCGGCCACCGAGGAAGCCUGGAAGAAGUUUUUUGAGUUCGUGGUGUUCGUUAUAAAGGCCGCGUAUGACAAAGCCAACAGCAGCGUCAGGGGCUCGACGGCAAGUAGCUACAAGUUGGCCACAGAGUCUACGCACGACAUCCACCAACGUGCAGGCGCCGGCCCUUCAACGGACAAAGCAACAGCUUCGGAUGCGACAGGACCAGCUCUCGCUGACUCGAGACGUCAGAGCAUGGCUCGAAGGGCCAGUGAAAUCCUCCAUUUAGUGAGUCGCAGGGCGAGCCUGUCUGCCGGAAGUCACGCUCCAACUGGCGAACGACCAGCGGUGCCCGACACUGGUGCGGCUUCGGCAGCCGCGGGUUCUGCUGCGCCUGCAGGCUCAUCGAUGGGUUUGGACCGGCGGAGGUCCAUCACCAAGUCGCUCACCGACUUAGUGAGUCGCAGGGCGAGCCUGUCUGCCGGAAGUCACGCUCCAACUGGCGAACGACCGCCGGUGCCAGACACUGGUGCGGCUUCGGCAGCCGCGGGUUCUGCUGCGCCUGCAGCUUCAUCGAUGGGUUUGGACCGGCGGAGGUCCAUCACCAAGUCGCUCACCGAUUUAGCGAGUCGUAGGACGAGCCUCUCGGCCGGAAGUCAUGCUCCUCCAACCGGCGAACGACAAGCGGUGCCGGAACCUGGUGCGGCUUCGGUAGCCGCAUCUUCUACUGCGGCUACAGUGUCAUCGAUGGGUUUGGAGCGGCGGAAGUCCAGCACCAAGUCGCUCACCAAUUUAGCGAGUCGUAGGACGAGCCUGUCAGCCGGAAGUCAUGCUCCUCCAACCGGUGAACGAACGGCGGUGCCGGACCCUGGUGCGACUUCGGUAGUCGCAUAUUCUACUGCGGCUACAGUGUCAUCGAAGGGUUUGGAGCGGCGGAGGUCCAGCACCAAGUCGCUAACCGAUUUGGUGGGCAAGAAUGUCAACGAAACGUCAGCGCCGUCGGUGCCGCUGUUGAAGCGCAAAGCGAGCAACGUGACCCUUGGCGAAGGCUCUGACAGCAAGCCGAGCGAAGACCGCUCCACUUUGGCGGAUAGGUCUCACGGUGGUGCAUCGCAGCAGCGGUCGCUCAGUAGGCGCAGGUCGUCAAAGACCAGCCACUCAUCGACCAGUCUGGAGGGAAAGCCCAAGUAGCGCGGCAGUGGAUGAAAAUGAUGAAGAGCAUUGAAAGCAGUUUUACGGGCUCUUUUAUGCAACCUUAAUCGGCAGCAAUACAAAAAUGAACCAGUGCGAAAUUCUUUUUCAA